CCUGGCCUGGAUUUGACUUUGACAUUUGAUCAUAUGAUCUAUUAUCCUAAUUUGAAUAUACAUAUAUAUUUAAUUAUUUUAAAGACAUGGGUGAACAAUCAAUUCCUCCAAAUGAAAAUGGAUUUGCAGAAGAACAGCAGAUUAAUGGUGAUGUAGAAAUGAAUUCGGAAGAAGAGGAUAGUGACACAUUUGAAGAGGAUAUGACUCCUGAAGAAUUUGAACAGUUGGAUAGUCAGUUGGAUGCCUUAAAUUCUGCACUAGAUGAUAUUGAACAAAAGAAUGAUAACAUCCAUGCUCAACUAUUGCAAUUAUUACAUGCCAAUCGAGAGAUUCGUCAGCAAUUACAGGAAUCAAAUUUGACACCUAAACCAAACGUAAAUGUACCAAAAGAGUAGAUGAAUAGUUGGAAUAUACAUUCCUUAUACAUUUAAACAUUAUAGGAAGUCGUUUGUUAAUAGUUCCUUUAGUGUAAAUAGUGUAGGCAUAAUUUGUGAUUUUAAAUAAUGUGAGAGUCAUAUUACAAGUGUUUUAUUUUGCUAUAAA